UUAGAAGAGCAGUCUUUGUGCCUGAAAAAUCAUGUUCAACUUCAGAAGCAUCCUGAAGACACUACAGUUCCCAAAUUAUUUCAUUUUUUUGUUCUUUGAGACUUUCAUUUCAUUCAUAUUUCCUCCAGCAAAAAAAAAAAAAUUCGCUGUGGAAGUAGUGUUUAUUACUGGUGCAGCAAAUGGGAUUGGAAGGCUGAUUGCCUUAAAUUUUGCCUUUUUGGGAGCAACCUUGGUUCUCUGGGACGUUGAUGAAGAAGGUAACAGAGAAACAAGCAGAUCAGCCCAAGAAAAUGGAGCCAAAAGAGUGUUUGCCUACCAGUGUGACUGCAGCAAUAGAGAAGAGGUCUAUGAACAGGCAGAUGAGGUUAGAAAAGAAGUUGGGGAUGUUAGUAUCCUCAUAAAUAAUGCAGGCAUACUGCUUGGGAAAACAGUCUGUGACAGUCCAGAUACCGAUUUUAAAAAAACCUUAAGAGUUAACAUCCUGUCUCAAGUCUGGACUUGCAAAGCCUUUCUCCCAGCCAUGACUGCCUGCAAUCAUGGACACCUGGUUAGCGUAGCAAGUGCAGCAGAAUUCUUGGGAGUCUCCAAAUUGUCAGAUUAUUCUGCAAGUAAAUCUGCAAUCACCGGACUGAUGGAAGCUAUAGAUGCUGAACUGUAUCAGGCAGGAAAACAAGGCAUUAAAACCACAAUCAUUUGCCCUUCUUUUGUAAAUACUGAAUUAGCCAGAGGUAUUCAAACCCAAAAUGAACUUUUACUUCCUGUUUAUGAAGCAGAGUAUGUAGCCAGCAAGAUCAUGGAUGCAAUUCAAAAGGAAAAGUUUUAUCUAAUUAUGCCUCCGACUUUCCGCUUGCUUGCUUUCAAAAUUUUUCUUCCUAGGAAAAUGAUAUUGCUCUGCCUAUCUUACCUUAAGAUCGCCAACAGCUUGGAUAAACUCACUGGUGUGAAGAAAAAGGAUUGUAACCAAAAUGUUCUGAAGACUUCAAGUGCAGCUAAUUUAAUUUUUUCUGAAAGAAAAAAAAAACAGCUAAAUCUUAGUUAAAUUAAUUUUUAAUCAUUUUUUUUAACAGAAGAUUUGCUUCCUGUAUAAUAUUUAAUAUUGGUCAGGAUGUAAUACAAUUCUUAAUAACUGUCUUUUAAUCACCAUUGUUUAGCCCCACCCAACCUGCUCUUUAUUUUAUGACUGCAUGCUGCUUAAACAUUUAAUUGAGCUCUCAAUAAAAGUCUCAGUAAGAUCA